GUUGAAUUGCCAACUUGUUUGUGUGGCGUGAAAUUCCUCAAGUUGGAGACUUUUGUUCGUAGCCUAUGUUUGGACCAAAAGUGAGUGGAUAUCUGGCAUCAUAAUAGCCAAAAAGAUAAAGCCGCCAAGACACAAUUUAAGAGUGCAGUGCAGGCUUAGACGAAUGAUAGUUUAACGGCUCUUGUGGACAUAUUUUCCGCUUUUUUUGGCUGGUUGAGUAAGAAGGUAGAAGUAAGUAGGAAGGGAAGGGAAAAGAUAACUAGGAGGAGCUGAGGAAGGAGCUGAGCUAACUAUGUGGCAAACGUUCAACUAUUUCUCUGACAGCGAGAGCCUUAGAGCUGUGUUUAUAUUUCGAAGAAAGUGAGAUGGAGGGAGCGAAGGAGAGACAGAGGCAGCAGCGAGAGGAGAAGGAAAGUAAUGAGGCAGAAGACGACAGGAGGAGUGAUGACGAUGCUGACAAUGAAGAGGAGGAGCAUGAAGGUUCGGAGAGUGCGGCGCUGGUGUGGCAGGAAGGCUAUGGCGAGGACAAUCUGGGUCUUCCUAUCAUGCACUGGGAGGCACUGAGCCUGCGCAUUGCUGAGCUGGAGAAGCAAGAAAAAGAGAAGAAAGCAAAGAGUGGAGUUUCUCUGGAGCAAGGCAGAGCUCCAGUCAGCUGGACAGAGGAGAAAGGGAGGACAGCAGAGAGCUGGGAGGAUGGCGACGACGCCUGCAACAGCCACAUGCUGGCACUCACCUCCCGUCUGCAGACACAAAUGAAUCUUCAGCUCUGCUUCAUCAACAACAGUGAAAGUGAGGAGGAGGAGGAAGAGGAGAAGGAGGGAGAGACCAGCAAGAAGCAAAGCAGAAACACACAGAGAGGGACUGUUCAGGUCCAUAAGAAUCCUCAGCUUCCUGCCAAGCCGGAGAAACCAAAAUCCAGAGGCAUUAGGAAUACUCUGAGAAAUCUUCGAGACAGGCUGAGAACAGACCACAAAAUACUAACUGCAGCUCAUAGUGAUACUGUUGUCCAGAGAAGACAUUUGGAGCGCAGUGAUUUACAAAACUUGAGUAUUAAGGACUUGAAUGCUCUUUGUACAUCUCUCAGCCAGGCCAUACAAGACCUGAGUUCACAGCUGGUGAGUCGCCUCCAGGUCCGAGACCAGCUGAGGACAGAGCAGGACGCCAUGCUGCUGGAGGUUCAGGAUCUGACAUCACUGUGAACCUGCCGAUCACUCCCAGCUGAAGUUCACCUGUCGACCAGUCACACAAACAUUUGAACAAGUGACCUCUAUAACCAUCUCAGUCAGUCCCUCCUGUUGUUGGUCUGACCAGCCAAUCACUGUGAAGAGUGUCACUUCCUGAAAGGACCUGAACAUUCAGUCGCAUAGCAUUUUUUAAUGUUGUUGUCUGUGUUGUAUAUUUAUAAUGCAAACUUUGUCUCACUAAAGGACAGUGUCCACCAGCAGUGGUUUUGAACUUGCAUGUGACAGAACCAGCUUUGUCCAGCAGGCAUGGUCAUAGUGUCAGAGGCAUAUGGUACGGUCAGCAACUGAAAAUGAGCUGGACACAACAUCCAGGUAGUGGAUGGUGGCCUUAAAUGAACACGCUGACAUUUGUAUGGAAAUAUGCUCUUUUGCCUUCUUGCUGGGAAUCAGAUUAGAUGAUAAAGUUUCAUCUCCCCUGUGUCCACAGCAGAUAAAGGUCUGGGUCAUAAAAUACAGCUUAGCACCAACACUGGAAGCAAGGGAAAAUUUACAGUGUAUAGUUCCCACCUUAAUACACCAUCCUAAAAGCUGUUCCAUGCUGGGUCCAAACCAAAACUCAGAUGCAAUAAAGCUAAAAAUUUGUGAAUACAUUUUGCACACUAAAAAUGCACAUCAAGGGAUGCCCCGGUAGCUCACCUGGUAGAGUGCGUACCACAUAUCAAGACUGAGUUCUUAAUGCAGCGCCCUGGGUUCGAUUCUGCCCCGGGCCCUUUGCUGCCUGUCAUUCCUCUCUCUCCCCUGCCUUUCCUGUCUCUCUCUACUGUAAUGUCAAAAUAUAGCAAAAAGCCUAAAAAAAAAAAAAAAAAAAAAUGCACAUGGAGUCUGAUCAAAAUUGAAAUUUUUUUGAGUGUUCUAUCUAAUUUCUUCUCAUGUAUCUGGUCAGCAACAGAGUCUCUAUGUUUCAGCAGUAAAGAUGAUAUUUUGCUUUUCAUGUUUCUUAAAAGAAAAAUAAUGUUUUGGGUUCAGCCAAUCUUGAUGAGGUGACAAGAGGAUGGCAAGUUUGAGGUUGGAUCAUAACGUUUUUGCUGUUUACGGAGCCACUCAAUCUUUAUUGCAUAUGAUUUGUAAGAAAGAAUAGAAACAGAAGAUUUUAACUACCUGCUUGUUUUCACACAAACAUGUCACAUGUAAAUUCAGAUUUUGUGUGUAAUUAUCCUUACUUGGUGAGUAGCUUGCUGGUUGAAAGAUACAAUUUGAGUUGUUGGAAGCUGCAUAUUUUUACUUUUGACAGAACUAGAAUAGCAGUUUGCCCUUGCUUCCAGUUGAUGGUAAGGCAGGAUAAAAAGUGAUCAGACCAAUCAAAUCUUUGGAUUAUUUUGGGCACAUAGAAAUGACACUGAUACUGAUCUCAUUUGAGGGUUUGAUGGCAAACCAACAUGUUUCCCAGAAUGAACAUUGAAUGUUUUCAUCCAGUGUUGAUGAAAGUUAGCUUCAUUUUCCAGAUCGGCCUCUCUCCCUUAAAGGUACCCUGUGGAGUUUUUGAGCACUAAUAGCGCUGUGGAGCCAUGAUGAUCAGCAGGUUCCUGUUUUGUCUGUACCUGUACCCACAAGCAUAUGGGCAGCGUGAUAAAUAUUCCUGCUGAUAGUUUCACACUACUCCCCUGAGUGACAGUUUGUGGCAGUGACAAGAAUCCUAGCAAUGAGCCAACAAAAGCAAAAAAGAGAAGACUGAUAGCUAGUAAGCUUAAAUAUGGAUGUAAACUAUACAAUUUUAUUUUUUAAAGCUGGUAUUGCACAUGUUUCAUGUAAAAUAAAGUGUGUUCAAUAUAUUUGUUAGACCUUAAGGUGUGUUUUGGAUUGUAGCACUGAAUGAAAACAGAAACGCAGUUUGUUUACAAGAAAACUCUACAGGGUACCUUGAAGAAAUGGAUGUGGGUAUUCUACAGAUGAUGGUGAGAAAAGAGUGGCUAUUGAAACACAGAAAUAUAUUAGAAAUUAAACCAAAAUUGUUGUUUUGUGCCAGUUCACGACUCAAAUUUUGGGUCCAACAUACUAUGGUUAAUAUCUAACAUUCCUAACUUCAUUAAAAUUUAGCAGUUUUUAAAAAUCCCUUUUCUAGUUAGUAUGUGUCAGUCUUAAACUGGCUGUUAUUAUUGACACCCCAAAACAUCCAAUGUCCCUACAGGCUAAUGAUGAAGUGGAAUGGAACAUACACACAAAUAAUAUAAUUUUUAAAUGAAAUUUCACCACCAAACUAUAACUAUGUAAAACUAUGUUAUUUGUGCUUGGCAGCUUGUUCAGCUGUCUCCCUGAAAAUAGUACUAAUUUUGCUUGUUCCACAAUUUGUGGAGCUUAACACCAAAUUUAAAAAAUGGCAAAGUAGAAGCAAUUUGAAAGAUUGAAUAAUGCUGAAUUUACCAUGUGAACCAUUAUAGCACAGUUAAUUUCACCCCCCUCAGAGGAUUUUUACCUGGCAUUUAUUAGAGAUCGGCAGUUAUUUGAAUACCAGGUUUCAUUUCUGAAUUUACAGCAUACAUUUAGCACAUACAGGAUACCAAUAUUGUGGACCAAGUGGCAUGUAUUUCCAGUUUUCCUAAGGGCCUUGACACAUAUGGUCAGCUUAGUGUGUCAGGCUCUUGGAGACAGAAAUUAAUUAACCUAAUUCCUGUCUCCUACUAGUAUUCAGUGUUGACAUUAUUAUAAUUCAACCAUUACCACAGUCUAUCCCUAACCUUAAAGAUUAACUCUUUCAUGCUGUUAUUGCACCCAAUAGUGCCUCCACAUCCCAACAUUUUCAUCCUUUGAUUGUGGUUUCUACUUUAGUUCAAAAUGAGUAUGGGCUGUUAUCCAAGAUAACUUCAUUAAAGAUUAAACAAACCUCCAUUAGAAGUAACAAGUUAGCUGGAUGAGAAUUAACAGGAUCAUUUAAUUUGGUUAACAUCAACAUCAUGUUAAUAUCUAUUUGUUAAAAUAUAUGUACAAGAACGGUAUCCUGACAAACUCCUUGUUUUAUUUACAUACUAAUGCAAAGAAAUCUUUAUUAGUAGAAAAACAUUAAUAAUUUUGCAAAAACUUUCAAUCAAUUUGAGAUUGGUCCAUACUUUGUGGUGGUGGGUUGACCUUUUUUUUUUUUUUUUUUUUUUUUUUUUUACAUUUGGUAACAGAUUGUGCCUUUAAAUGAAUAUUAGUCCAGUCAGUGAUGUCAGUUUCAGAGAUUCAGGCUGAUGUGCUGUGUAUUGGUCAGUGGAUGAAUAAAUUGUCACCUGCCUGUCACUCAGUCACACUGUAUGCAUUGCAUGGUUGUCCUUGUGUGUGUUUCUGUUUACGGUUAACUUGUAUGUUUUCUGUUGUAAAAUUAGUAAAAUGAGGAAAUUUGUAGUUUGUUACAGAGCAAGAUAUUUUAACAGUUGCGUGCCAGAAUUCAUGAUAUUAAUAUUGAGGAUGAUACAGAAAUAUUUUGAUGACCCUCUGAUCUUUUGUCUGCCGCCACUGUCACAGUCAAGUCAAAAUUUUGAAAUAUCAAAAUGUAACAGGCUGUGAAACUUAACAGUGAUGCUUGAAAAGGGGUGAACCCUUCUGUUUUAGGCUUAUUCUUAAAUGCCACUGUCUGGCUUGACAAACUACAUUUUCAUCAGUACUUCUGGCUCUGCAAGUAGCUAAAUUGUUCAUUUGUUCUGUGAUUCAUCAUGAUUAGAAUUUAAUUUAGAUUUAGGGGACGAGUUGACAUCAUUUUUUCUGACUUGGGCUACAACUAGGUUUAUUUAAAUAGCAAGAGCUGUGUAGCCUACCUGUUUAUUUUUGGAUUAAAGGUACAAUUAACAGAUUAUUGAGAUAAUGAGAGCUGACAUUCAAGAUACAUAGCCUGUUUUGUUAUAAAUUCAAAUGAUAAUACAAUAAAUAACAUUUGUGUAUGGCA